UUGGGCCCGCGGUCGCCAUGACAGAACCACAACAAUGAACGGUUCCGCAUCAGGAUGGGAUAAACGCCAAUUGAAUAAAUAUUUUUUCAACACCGAGCCCAUUCCGCGGUUGUCAUGCCACGACCCCCUGGCAGAAGAACUUAUUGCCCAGGAGAAACCUGUGGUCCUAACAGAUACAAAACUUUGUGAUUCAGCCUUGAAAUGGGACCUGGAUUACCUAGCAGAGAACAUGGGUAAUGAGAAAUACAUGGUGUUUGUAUCAAAAGACAACAAAUUCAAAUAUUACGAUGAGGCGAAGAUUCGACAGUACAGCAGUAACUUCAUCCCGCCCACCCGGAGAGUUGACAUGUCUUUCCCUGAAUUUGUAAGGAAGCUGAAGGAAUGGAAAGAAGGAGAUGAGAGAAUAUAUCUUCAGCAAGGUUUGAAUAAUACUGUUGGCCAAGCUAUUGUAAUGGACUUCCUGCAGUUCAACUGGGAAUGGCUUAACGUCCUGCAGAAGAAAAAUAAUUGGGGACCCCUUACCUCUAACCUAUUAUUAGUGGGCAUGGAAAGUAAUAUUACACCUGUUCAUUAUGAUGAACAACAGAACUUCUUUUGCCAAUUGGUUGGCUACAAAAGGUGUAUCUUGUUUGCUCCUGAGUACUAUGAUCGCCUCUAUCCGUAUCCUGUGUAUCAUCCCCAUGACCGCCAGUCUCAGGUAGCUUUUGAAAACCCAGACUUUGAGAGAUUCCCAGGGAUGGCCCACCUAGAAGGAGUCGAAACCGUCUUGGGUCCAGGUGAAGUUCUUCAUAUUCCUAUGUAUUGGUGGCACCAGAUAGAGAGCCUCCCAAAUCGUGGCCAUACUGUCUCUGUCAACUUCUGGUAUAAGGGAGGUCCAACAGAGAGGGUUGAACAUCCCCUGAAGCCUCAGCAGAAACUGGCAGUGAUGCGCAACAUAGAGAAGAUGUUACUGGAAGCCCUAAAGGACCCUGCAGAAGUGGGACCCCUCCUGCGAGCCCUUGUAAUUGGGAGAUACACUGGGCAGGUGGCAGAAGGGCAGGAAGGGAAUCUGUGAUUGGGACUGACCAGGUCAUGUUUUAUAUUUAGGAUGUAUCUUGGUACCUGUAACAAGCACGUGGAGUUCCUAAUACUGGAAGAGAUAAUAACAUCAGAGUUCAUGGCGAGAGGUGAAGUGGCCCAGAUGCCUAUUGUGUUCAGUGCACAUGUCAUGCUAUCUGUGAUGUUUCCAGAGAAAUGUGCUUUAAAGUCAUUUAUGUCUGUGGUGGAAUCAUAAGAAGCAGUUUUCAUUUUCAUUUGUUUUGUUUCCUUAUGUAAAUGUCUAUUUGCAUGGGUUUCUUCAUUAUAGUGAGGUAAAAGGUAUAUUAAAUGUAAGCAUUCAUAAGUUGUUUUUUCUCUCUAUCAUUUUGGUUUUCACUCUUUUUCUACAAUUCAAUUUUUUUAUUUACCUAUAAAUUAAAUACUUUGCUGUAAUGCAGUUGUUGUUAGCAAAAUAAACUAGUAGUGUAAGGAUUCAGAACAAAAUGUGUCUGGUUGAAUGUGAGGGAUAAAGUUUGAGAGAUCGAAGGUAAAACCCAAUAAAAGAAUUAAAGAAAAAAAAAAAAUCUUUCCGUAAGUACAUUGGGUUUUAUUGGUGCUAUGUAAGGUUACAAAUGGAUGACCAUGGAUAAAAUAAUUGCAGUGUAUGCAGACAGUACACUAGAGAUUUAGGCUUUGAUGAGGAAUAGGGUAUGGCAGUUGUUUUUCCAUAGUUUGUCUCCUAUGAUUUGAUGUAUUAAAUAUCACACUAAA